UAACAUGCAGAUAAGACGUGUGAACAUGGUCGUCGUUCUCAGGCUGCAUUCGGCCUCUGCAUGUCUGUGUUUGUAUCUGCAUUUAAUUUUAAUUUUUUAAAACACAUUCAUAGCAAUUAAGUGUUUCAGUGAAAAACCAUUCAGAAAUAAUUUAAGCUUUAGAUUCUUUGCACCACUGAAAUUGAAAGCAAAUGACAGUAACCACAUUCAAAAACACAGGAGGAAGUGCUGCUUCACACAAACCUCCUUUGCUCACAGGGAAGUGAAACUCCUCGAUGGCCACAUAGAAAUAAAUACUCUUGGUCAUUAGCAGCUGUUACGGCUUGCUGUUCGGCUCCUGCCUCUCUUGUAAGAAUGCAAAUGCGCUGUAGGAUUUACUGCUGACAAUUUAUUGGCAAAAGGAGAGUGUAAUUAUCCAGAGAUGGGCUUUGGAGAGGACCUGAGGUGUCCACAGGCACAUGCGGCAGUUUUGCGAUUACUGGACUCAGAGCUUCACCUGAUGGAAGUCAUGAAGAAGUGGAUGAGCCAGCGAGCCAAGAGUGAACGGGAGUUUUCAGUGCAGCUGCACCACAUGACUGUCAUGGCUGAGAAACUGGACCGACCUCAGGCCAGCUCAGGGCUGGACUACAUCAGUCUGCUCAACAAGUCAUGGGGAGUGCUGGUCUCACAGACAGAGUCUCUCAGCCAGCUGAUGAAAAAGCGCUCUGAGGAUCUGCUAGACGGUCCAAUCAGCAAACUGACGCUGCUCAUCAGAGACAAACAGCAGCUCCGCAAAACCUAUGCAGAGCAAUGGAAUCUGCUGAGGCAGGAGCUCAACAAGGUAACACAAACAGAGCUGGAGAGGCUAAAGAGCAGCUACAGGCAGGCAGUGAAAGAUGUAGCUCAGGCAAAGAGGAAGUACCAGGAGACCAGCAAAGAAAAAGACAGAGAUAAGGCCAAAGAGCGCUACAUAAAGUCUUCCCUGAAACUCUACGAGCUCCAUAAUGAUUAUGUCCUCUCUGUGCGAGCUGCUCAAGUUUACCAUCAGCACCAUUACAGUCAGAUCCAGCCGGCCCUGCUCAGCGCCCUGCAGACUCUGCAGCAGGAGAUGGUGCUGAUACUAAAGGAGAUCUUGCAGGAAUAUUUCGACAUCUGCACUCUCCUCCAUCAUGAAGUGGUGCGGAUCCACAGGGAGAUGUCAUCUGCUCUAACAUCCAUCGAUCCUCACAGAGAGUACGAGAGCUUCAUCCAUCAGAACAGGUCUGUGGGGGAGAUACCUGCUUGUGCUGAUUUUGACUGCAGCCUUCUGGAGGACUCUGAGCAGCUAAAUCCUAAAGAGAUUGAACUGAAUGACCUCACCCUUGAGACAAUCCAGCACAAGCUGACUGCGAUAGAGGAGGAGCUGCUGGACCUGGCUCGGACUCUGGGCUCUCAGCAGACUUCGGUUGAACAGCUGGAGCUGGAGUUGGGGGAAGAGCAGGAUGGUGUCAAAAAGGGCCAGAGGGUCUACCAGUUCAGCAAGAGACAUGCGAUGGAAGAGUGCCGGCAGCAGGUCGCUCUGACUCAGGGCCAGAGAGCCAAGCUGGAGGUUCAGAGGAUUCUUCUGAAAGAGAAACUGGAGCACCUGGGGUCCAGAGAACCUCCUUCUGCUCUGAAUCUGGACACAGAUACUGUUUCACUUUCAUCCAGCACGAGCAAUGACCACACUCCAACCAGAGUUCUCAUGGAUGGACUCUUAACCAAUCUGACCAGCCUGUUUAAACCCAAAUUUGAGGUGCCUCAGGUCCUCAGUCUGGUGCAAGUAGUGGAUCGUCCUCUGGGGCAGCAGGACUGGUACCACGGCGCCAUUCCCAGACUGGAGGUGCAGCAGCUCCUGAAGAAUGACGGAGACUUCUUGGUGAGGAAGAGUCAAGAGAAACAGGGUUAUGUGCUUUCUGUGCAAUGGGAAGGAUCCUGUAAACAUUUCCUCAUUCAGAGCACAGAAAAUCUGUACCGCCUGGAUGGAGAGGGCUUCCCCAGUAUCCCUCAUCUGAUCCAUCAUCUGCUGAACUCCCAGCAACAUGUUACCAAGAGGUGUGAAGUUGUGCUGAAGAAACCUAUACUAAAGGACAAGUGGGUCCUGGAACACGAUGAUAUUAUCUUGGGACCUCUCAUUGGACGGGGUAACUUUGGAGAGGUGUACAGCGGCCGUUUGCGCUCUGAUAGCACUCCCGUAGCUGUGAAAUCUUGUAAAGAGAACCUGGCCCCAGAGCACAAGAGUAAGUUCCUGAUGGAAGCCAGGAUCCUGAAGCAGUACGAUCACGCGAACAUCGUGAAGCUUAUUGGAGUGUGCACGCAGAAACAGCCCAUCUACAUCAUCAUGGAGCUCAUUCAAGGUGGUGAUUUUCUCUCCUUCUUGCGCACUGAGGGUCACAGUCUGACGCCGAAGAUGUUGGUCAAAAUGACUGAAAAUGUAGCAUCUGGUAUGGAGUACCUGGAGAGCAAAAAGUGUAUUCACAGGGACCUUGCAGCUAGAAACUGUCUGGUUGCAGAAGGCAACGUGGUGAAGAUAAGUGACUUUGGGAUGUCCCGUCAGCAAGAUGAUGGUGUCUACUCUGCGGAAGGAGGCCUCAGACAGAUUCCUGUCAAAUGGACCGCUCCUGAAGCCCUGAACUAUGGUCGUUAUACCACAGAGAGUGAUGUCUGGAGCUUUGGUGUUUUACUGUGGGAGACUUUCUCCAUGGGAAUGACACCCUACACCAGUAUGACCAAUCAACAGACACGAGAAGAGGUGGAGAAAGGAUACCGUAUGCCUGCUCCACAUGGCUGCCCUGUGGAAAUCUCCAGGAUUAUGAACAGCUGCUGGCAGUAUGAUCCCAGAAACAGACCAUCUUUUAAGAAACUCCGGGCCGAGCUCCAUGCCAUAUACAGCAAAAUUACAUAAUAUAGAAAACCUGUGAGCUGGAAAUGUUUCAUUUUUUGAUUAGUUUGUAUUUGUUCCUUUUGAAAAUGGCUUGAAAUCUAAUGUGAAUACUG